AAGAUAGAGACUACCAUGUUGCGCACGCAAACGAGAGAGAGAGAGAGAGAGAGGAGAGAGAGAGACCACCGCCAAUAUGAUUGCUCGAUCACUUGUUCUCAGUAGUAAAGCAAAGUUCGACGAGAGAGUUGGUUUGUCGUACAUUUUUGGAGCGAAACACAAACUCGAGGGGAAAAGAAAUUUUUGUUUGUUUUCACGUAUAUCGUAAUUGUGAGUAAAAAAUCUUGUGCCUCCGAGGAAUGGCGGCUACCAAAGACGACAGCACCGACAGUGUGCAAUUCUUCGAAGGAGUGGAGAAACUCCUUGAGAUUUGGUUCACAAGCAGCAGCAGCAUAAACAGAAAGCAGGGCGAUCUCAGGCAGAUUCCUCAAUGGAAGUGGCAAUCGUUGCUAAAAAUUGUUCGUUGCGAGAUCAUUAGCAUUUGUCACACAGAGCAUGUGGAUGCUUAUGUCCUCAGUGAAAGUAGCAUGUUCCUAUCAAAGCGUAGACUUAUUCUCAAAACAUGUGGUACCACUACUCCCCUUCAAUGUUUGGAGCCUCUUUUGGAACUUGUGAAGGAAUAUACUGGCUUCGAAGAAGUAGAGAAUGUAUUUUAUUCAAGAAAAAAUUACAAAAAGCCAGAGCUUCAAAUAUCUCCUCAUCAAGCAUUUGAAGAAGAAGUUGCUUUACUUGAUACAUUCUUCUCUGAUGGAGAAGCUUAUUGCUUAGGUUCUGUAGAUUCAGAUUGUUGGUAUUUAUACACUUUGAACAAAGAGAAGUCUGUAGAUGAACCCUCAGAACCAGAUCAAACUUUAGAAAUCCUAAUGACUCAUUUAGAUCCAGAAGUAAUGGCUCUUUUCACUAGAGAUGUAUGCUCUUCUGCUGACGAAGCAACUCAAAAAUCGGGAAUUGAUAAACUUAUCCCAAACAUGAUUAUAGAUGAUUUUCUGUUUGAACCAUGUGGAUAUUCAAUGAAUGGAGUAUCUAAAAAUGGAAAUUAUAUGACUAUUCAUAUUACACCAGAACUAGAGUUCUCGUAUGUCUCAUUUGAGAGUAACAUUCCAGAAACUUCGUAUGAGGAAGUAAUACGACGUGUACUAAACACAUUCAAGCCGAAAAAAUUUGUUGUAACCAUCUUUGCUAACAAAGAAUCAAUCGCUGCUAGUUGCCCACGUGACUUAGAGCAAACUGAUUAUCUGAAAGAUUCUGGUGAUUGGCUACGUACAGAUGUGCAAUAUUGCCGCUUCAAGAAUUAUGAUUUGACUUGUGCAUUUUAUUCAAGAUUCCCAAGCUGAGGGUUCAUAGACGCUUCAUUCGGACCUAACCAAUUAGGAACUAAUGAAGCGCUUAUUAAUAAUUCUAUCAUUUCUCAAACUUCCUUUUCUUUUUCCGUAAAUGAAACAAACAAACAUAAUCAAUCUAUAAAACGUAUAUUAAA